CUUCCUUUCCUGCUAUACAGCUAGCUUAAUUGUCAUUACACGAUUCACUCAUAUCAGGUGAUGACAUUCUGAACCACUGUAGGACUUGUCGCUACCGUGGCUAUUGAACAGGUUGUUAGCUGUGGAAACGGUGGCUGGAGGCUCGUUAAGAUGGUCAGGGCUGGCGGUAUUUUGAAGUUAGCAGCGCUCAUCUUUGUGUUCCUCCUAGCUGUCUUUCUGGCUUUCCAACUGCUGGAGAUCAACAUGGAUUUCAAUCUGAGCAGCAUGAUGUCAAGAUCUGUGCCAGUGGAUGAAGCCCCAACAAAGCCAGUCAGGUAUAAGUGUGGCCUGUCCAAGUCAUGUCCGGCUGGACACUUUGCCUUCAAAAUGGCGAGUGGAGCGGCCAGUGUAGUGGGACCCAGAAUCUGCCUAGAGGACAAAUUAAUAAUGAGCAGUGUGAAGAACAAUGUGGGGAGAGGAAUCAACAUUGCCCUGGUCCACGGCAGAACAGGGGACGUUAUGAAGACAGACUUCUUUGACAUGUGGGCAGGAGAUGUGGCUCCUUUAAUUAAAUUCCUGAAGGAAAUUGAAGAAGGGACAGUGGUGAUGAUGGCCUCAUUUGAUGAUCCCUCAACAAAGCUCAACGAUGAAGCCAGGAAGCUAAUUGCUGAUCUGGGCAGCUCAGUUAUCACUAGUUUGGGCUUCCGGGAUAACUGGAUCUUUGUGGGAGGGAAAGGCAUCAAAACCAAGAGUCCAUUUGAGCAGCACAUAAAGAACAGCGCAGACACCAACAAAUUCGAGGGAUGGCCUGAGGUGUUGGAGAUGGAAGGCUGUGUGCCCCAGAGACAGGACUGACUCUUGCUGUAACCGUAAGCCACCAGUUUCUCGUCGCCUCUGUCCACCUCGUCCUCCAGACAUUCCUGUCCGUGUGAGACUUUUUAGUGGUUACAUUUCUUUGGGGCUGAGAGAGGUCGUUUUACACCUCUCACCCUGAAAUCUUUUAUUCAGAUUUACCUAGAAGAACAACGUUUCUCCGGAAGAUAUUGGCAAGAAAGAGGAACGUCAGUGAGCCCUGAGCAGGACAGCGAAGCUCCGAACUUCCUGCACUUCUCCCUCCGCUUGGAUACCAUUACAGUUGCAGAUGCUUAUUGGGUCUUGUAAUCGGAACUAGCAGGUUUAGUGCACUGAUUAGAAGGGACUUUGAUUAUUGGCAUACAUUCAGACUAUCUGUAAGGUCCACAGAUGUAGCUUGAGAGUGUUGGAUUAUUGCAUUUCUGUUGAAGGAAAUGGAUGUCAAAGCUGAGACUUUUUUUUUGGGAGGCCAAAUUUCCGUUGCCUGUACCUUUGCCUUAAUCUCAUUGUCCUAUUCACAUUUUCUUUUGUUUUCAUCAUGUCAUGAUUAUCUGAUUCCUUGUGUCAGUGUUGUGUUUAUUUUGAAAAGAUUAAUAUUAACAGGGUUUGAAGACGUCUCUAUUCAUGAUCUUAUAACCAAAUGCACCAAAUUCACUGUGAAAUUUGUAAAUAUUUGUUUAGAGGAGGACUCAGAUUUGAGAGAUCCUCAUUUAACGAACCUUGUAAUAAUAAUAAUAUAAUUUCUUAAAAUAAAUGAUAUUGUUAGUAAUAUGUGUGCGUGUGGGUUAAAAGUGUUUUGUCUCAUCUACAAGUGAUAUGUAGUUAUUUCCUGUUUUAAUUUUUUGUGUUCAUAUGCAGCAGACCUCAUACUCGGAGCAUGUAACGGCAAUCGGUGUCACUUUACCUGUUAAUAUUUACCGCGUCUUGCCAUUUUACAGCCACCUUCAAAUAUGCAUGAUGCUGUUGGCGUUCGGACUGAUAUACUGAAGUUCAUGUGGUUAAAAGAAACCCACACACACACACUGUUCUGUUAACCACUUGUCAGGUUUUAGUAUCGACUUUCUGUCUGAUUUUUGGUUUCCAGUUUCUGCGGAAGGAAUUUAAAUGCAGCACCUGCUUUUAAAAGAACACCAGCUGUAUUUUUAAGAUCUUUUAAAGGCUGCUUGUACCAGGUUCUUCCAGCUGCUGCUAAUUGACAAUCAGCCUAAUAUGAUACAUCUGUGCAGCUGUGUUUGUAAUGUGUGAUUUCCUCACGUCUUUUCCUGUUACUUUGUCCAUUACUCGUAUGUCUACCGUCCCAGAACAGCUGCACUGGUGGUAGUAUAGCUGGUUUUAUUAUAGUGUAGUGAAUACACACAGUGUGUGAGCAAGAUGUUAUUUUGCCCACCUCUUCAUUUACAGGUUGUGGACAAAUUAACACAAAUGAAAUUAGAAUUUAACCCAAUACAACACUACAGAAAAUGAACAUGUAGAGUUUAUUAAGUGCCUCUGUGACAGUCUCAACAAACUGAAAAUGCAAAGCAUAACAAAAGGUUGUAUCAUAGUGUGAGAGUGUAUGCAGCCACUGUGUUUAUCCCCUGUAUUCUUACACUUUUUAAAAAACUUUUUAAAGAUUUUUUUAAGUUGAAUGUAACAUCUGUUUACUGAUUCCAGGUGAAAAAUAGCCUCUUGGCUCACAGUCACAGCAGAUUGUGACUCGUAAAUAAACCAAUGAAUAAAAAAAUAAAGUGUGAA